UCACGUGAAUCAAUAAAUUCAAGCAGUCUUUUAUUAUGGCUCCUCAUCAGUCCAAAAAUAACCCUGUAAAAGACAGCAAAUGUCAACUAAAUGCGAAUCAAAUUGAAAUGGCCAAACACAUCCAAGCCAGUUCAGUGGUAAAAUCCACUCCUCAUGUUUUUCUGCAAGAAAACUAGCAUGUCUACGUUUUCUGGAUCAAAAGAAUUUUCUAACAAUAUUCCCAGCAGUCGAAAAAAUCCUCUCUGCUGGUACAGAACUGACUGGACCAGUAACAUAUUUGCGUGCCAGUUUAGCCAGUUGCUGGGAUCUUGUGCUGGUCAGUACCCACCAGUUGAGUGGCUUACUGUAGAUAUCAGGAUCAGGUUCAGGUCAGUACUGUUCAAAUUCACAAUCAUUCAUAUUUGGCAAGGAGGGUGCAUUCUGUGUGUUUCUUCCCAAUAGAAAGCACAACGUUGACUUCGGAUCCUCCCCUCCCCGCUUCGCUGGUGGAGCACCUUCUUCCUCAGUGUCCCUGGAUGCCCCCUGGAUCCCCCCCCUUGACCCCCCCUGCGUACCCCAAUGUAUGCCAGGUGACCCCAAGGAUGACCCUGAGUGAGCGGCUCCGCCAGAAGAUCUCAGGCGGCUUCUAUCGACACGGCCUGUUGUGCGCCUCCUACCCUGUUCCCAUUAUCCUCUUCACUGCCAUCUGCAUCCUUGCCUGCUGCUACCCUCUUCUGAAGCUGCCUCUGCCCGGGACUGGCCCAGAGGAGUACACGACAGCCGUGCGGGACUACAGUCCUCCCCCCUCCGACCCCCACCCCCUACAGGCGGACCCCAGCGACAGGCCAGACUGGUACGUGGGUCCGCCGGUGGCCUAUAUCCAGCAGGUCCUAGUGAAGGCCGUGGUGUCUCCGUGGGACCAGAGCCUCCUUCCUGUGGACAUCUUUCGCUCUCCACUGGCACAGGUUUUCCAGCUUGUGGAGGAGAUUCGCAACCAUGUGCACAGAGACAGUACCGGCUCUCGCAGCCUGGAGGAGCUGUGUCUCCAGGUGACAGACUUACUGUCCGGACUGAAGAAGGUGCAGAGCCAGCUCCCGGAGCAUGGCUGCCUGCUCAUCUCUCCUGGAAACUUCUGGCAGAAUGAGCGUGAGCGAUUCGACUCCGACGCUGACAUCAUCCGCACCGUGCACCAGCACGAGCCCAAGGGCCUGCACACCUCUGCCACAGUCAAAGAUUUGUUGUUUGGAGUUCCAGGGAAGUACAGUGGGUUGAGUCUGUACAACAGGAAGCGGGUAGUGUCCUACACUGUCACCAUCGCAUUGCAGAGCUACCAUGCCAGGUUCCUGAGUAGUCUGCGCUCCCGGCUCAAGCAGCUCCACCCCAGUGUGAACUGCAGCCUGCGCGAGGACCAGAUGGUUCAUGUCCACUUCAAAGAAGAGAUCGGCAUCGUGGAGCUCAUCCCCCUCGUUACCACAUACAUCAUCCUCUUCGCUUACAUUUACUUCUCAACACGGAAGAUCGACAUGGUGAAGUCCAAGUGGGGUCUGGCCUUGGCGGCUGUGGUGACGGUGCUGAGCUCUCUGCUCAUGUCGGUGGGUCUCUGCACGCUCUUCGGACUCACGCCCACACUCAACGGAGGGGAGAUCUUCCCCUACCUAGUGGUUGUGAUCGGCCUGGAGAACGUGCUGGUCCUCACCAAGUCUGUGGUGUCCACCCCUGUCGACCUGGAGGUCAAGCUGCGCAUUGCACAAGGUCUGAGCAACGAGAGCUGGUCCAUUAUGAAGAACAUGGCCACAGAGCUGGGCAUCAUCCUGAUUGGCUAUUUCACUCUUGUCCCGGCUAUCCAGGAGUUCUGCCUGUUUGCUGUGGUUGGCCUAGUCUCAGAUUUCUUCCUGCAGAUGUUUUUCUUCACUACCGUCCUCUCCAUCGAUAUCCGACGUAUGGAGCUUGCAGACUUGAACCGGCGCCUUCCUGCCGAGGCUUGUCUGGCUUCCCCUAAGCCCUCAUCUUUGUGCCCGCGGGAGGCCCAGCAGCAGCGGUACGAGAGGCCGCCCCCCCUGCGCCCCUCCACGGCCCACACCAUCACCCUGCAGCCCUCCUCCUUCCGAAACCUCAGGCUGCCCAAGAGACUGCGCGUCAUCUACUUCCUCGCCAGGACCCGCCUCGCUCAGCGCAUCAUUAUGGCUGGCACAGUGAUCUGGAUUGGGAUCCUGGUGUACACGGACCCUGCCGGUCUACGCACCUACCUAGCAGCCCAGGUGUCUGAGCAGAGUCCCCUAGGCGAGUCAGGGGGGCUGCCCCCACUAUCAGUGCCCCCUGUGUUUCCUGGGGGGGACCCCGAGAGCAAACUGACAGUGCUGCCCCACCCUGAGCCCACCCCCUUGUUGGAGAACCAGUCCCGGGACCAGCCGCGUCCCCCCUGGGCCAGUCAGAGAGAUCAGCCCCCAGGCCAAGACAACACUCCAGAGAUCUCCUGGAGCCCCCCUGACGAGGAGACCUGGAGGAGGCUGUCCUUCAGACACUGGCCCUCCCUCUUCAGCUACUACAACAUCACACUGGCCAAGAGGUACAUAAGCAUCCUGCCAGUGAUCCCCGUCUCGUUUUACUUGAGUGCUGAGGAAGCCGUGGAGUCCAGACACCCCCAGGACACGCAGCGCUUCCACUCCUCCUUCCCAGCCUUUGACAUGCGGGCGGAGCAUGCCGCUGAGCCCCCUGGCAAGACCGUGAGUCAGCCUGACUUCACUUUGUACAAGGUGGCGGCUCUGGGUCUGGCAGCGGGCGUGGUCCUGGUGCUGCUCUUGUUCUGUCUUUACCGGGUCCUGUGUCCACGGAACUACGGUCAGAACGGGUUGUCCCAUGGGCGGCGACGGCGUGGAGAGCUGCCCUGCGACGACUACGGCUAUUCCCCCCCCAUCAGCGAGAUCUCCCCCCUGCUGCUGCGUGGGCACCACAUGGAUAUUGAGUGCCUGGCCAGUGAUGGUAUGUUGCUGGUGAGCUGCUGUCUGGCCAGACAGAUCCGUGUGUGGGACGCACAGACAGGAGACUGCCUCACUGUCAUCCCCGACCCCAGGCUAUGCCGGAGUAGCAGUGGGGUGUGGGAGCGUCAGGAGAACUGUGAGCCAGAGCCAGAGGAGGAGGGGCUGGAGGCUGGGGUGGGGGGCUACCCGCUCAGGAGGAGGCUGCUCCCCUCCCGGCCCACCCUAUUCGGAGACCAGCCUGACCUCACCCCGCUCAUCGACACCAAUUUCUCUGAGCAGCCAGCCUGCCCGGGGCACACCAGCAAGGGGGCCAGAGGAGGCUUCCACUUCGGAGGGCUGGUGGAGAGAGCCUACGAGGAGCAUGGGGCCACCACCCCCAACAUACAAGGCUACUCCCCUUCCCCUGCACCCUGCUCCCCUUGUCGGAGAUGCAGCCAGGGGGACGAUCCCCUGUGCGGCCCCGAUCCCCGCCCCGCCACCUGCCUGCCUGCCGACCCUGGGGAUUGGGACAGCUCAGUAUGGGCUCUAGAGCUGCAGGGGAGCCUCAUUGCAGCCGGGCGCAGCAGCGGAAAGCUGGAGCUCUGGGACGCAGUAGAAGGCUGUCUGCACUGCAGUAACGAGGAGGGCAAGUCUGGGAUCACUGCCCUUGUCUUCCUCAACAACAGAAUUGUAGCUGCGAGGCUGAACGGCUCAUUAGAUUUCUUUACUGUGGAUAUCAGCAAACCCAUGAACCUGCUGCAGUACCGAGGAACUCCCAAUCGUGGCAGCAUGCCCCCUUCCCCCUGCUACAGCAGUGAUGAUGUCAUCUGCUGUCGGCUGACCCACUCGGUGCAGUGUGCCCACCAGAAGCCAAUCACAGUGCUGCGUGCUGCAGCGGGGCGGGUGGUGACGGGCAGCCAGGACCACACAGUGAGGGUGUACCGGCUCGAAGACUCGUGCUGCCUCUUCACGUUGCAGGGUCACUCUGGGGGGAUCACUGCUUUGUAUAUCGACCAGACAAUGGUCUUGGCCAGUGGGGGUCAGGAUGGAGCUAUCUGUCUGUGGGACGUCCUGACAGGGAGCCGUGUCAGUCAUAUGUACGGGCACCGCGGUGAUGUCACUUCCCUCAUCUGCACCACUUCCUGUGUGAUCAGCAGUGGCCUGGAUGACCUCAUCUGUAUCUGGGACCGAAGCACCGGGAUUAAACUGUACUCCAUCCAGCAGGAGGUUGGCUGCGGCGCCAGUCUGGGUGUGAUCUCGGAGAGCCUCCUAGUGACGGGAGGCCAGGGCUGCGUCUCCUUCUGGGACCUCAGCUACGGGGACCUGCUGCAGACUGUGUACCUGGGCAAGAGCAACGAGGGCCAGGGAGUGCGGCAGCUCAGAGUGCUUGACAACGCGGCCAUCGUGUGCGACUUUGGGAGUGAGCUGAGCCUGGUGUACGUGCCCUCCGUGCUGGAGAAACUGGACUGAGCAAGAGGCACUGACCGACUGCACCUCGACGUAGGACAGGACGAGACAGGGAGGGGAGCUCAGACCCACAGUACUGAGCUUAGAGACUCCUAGCAUAGGAACCCUGCUUUCCAUGUUAAAAACAAGAAUGUAGACCAACCAGCCUCAAGCAGAUUUUUAGAGACAGUUUUAAGUCCUGUUUCAUACAGAACCAGUGCAGAAGAUCGGGGUGUCUGUGAGCAGUUCUAAACACAGAACAGCUCAGUGUCUGUAUUGUAUCCCUGUGUGUAUCCCGCUGCACCUUCCGACCUGUAGUGGUGGGAUUUUGUCAGGUGCAAAGAGCCUCCUUAGUGAGAAUUUGUGUUUUUUUCCGUUUUUUCUUUUCUUUUUUUUUUUUUUUAAGGGAGAUGGUUCAACGUUCUGCGGAAUUGCUUUUCAGCUUUGAAAACAAGUAUGUAAAUGGACCUUUUGAAGAUUCUAGAGUUUAAAUAAGAGUCCUCUUCUGUACAGAAGUAAGUUUUAGUUAUAGCAGACAGAAUAGGUUUUAUGUUUUAAAGCAACACUGAUUCUAUUGAGAUUAUGGUGUAGUACACAGCACCCCACUGUGCCCAAAUAUUGUAACUGCACAAUUCUGUUUUAAAGAGAUUUUACAUUUUUCUCUAUGGGAAUGUCAAACAUCCAUUAACCUUUUUGGGGUUUUUUGGGUUUUUUUCCCCACUCACUUCUGGUUUUCAGUUACAUGCAGCUAAAGCACCAGGAAUUAUCUUCUAAGUCCCUUUCAAAUACAAAAUGUAACCUUUACAAUUGGGUAUUUGCCUGCUAAGUACCUGAAACCUGAAUAAGGUAUAUCAAAGCUGCUUUCUGAGCCAGUGACGCAGUCAAGGCCUGCCUCCAAGAACAUAAAAACAGUGAAGUCACAGACCUCAGCGCCAUCUUUCCUUUCAAGGAGAACUGGUUCAGAUAAAUACUUGUUACUUUUUCUGCUAUAUAUUUCACAUAUAUUUUCACACAAGUUAUAUGUGAUAUUAAAAAUAAUCACUCU